AUGAAAUGCGGCAAGAACGAUCUCCUCUCGGUGGUGAAGGAGGUCAAACCUACAGUAUUGAUCGGGGUAUCAGCCCAGAGCGGAUUGUUUUCCUCUGAAGUCCUUCAAGCGAUGAAUGCCAACUGCGAGUACCCCAUCGUGUUCAGUCUGUCCAACCCGACCAAUUGCUGUGAGUGCACUGCUGAGGAGGCCUAUAGGGCCACUGACGGCAAGUGCUUGUUCGCCUCUGGAAGCCCCAUGCCGGCCUAUCGUAAUCAUCACACGCUGCAUUUCAUUCCGGCGCAAGCUAGCAACAUGUACGUGUUCCCUGGCAUCGGCUUGGCAGCGUCAACAGGGAAUCUCGCUACUAUACCGAACCAACUCUUUUACAUCGCCGCAAGAACGAUCGCGUCGAUGGUCACAGUGGAGGAGAUGAAGACGAGGACGCUUCUGCCGCCUAUGUCGAAGCUGAGGGAGACUGCCUGUAAAGUGGCCGCCCAAUGCAUCAUCUACGGGUCCAAGAAGGGGUUGACGAGAAUCCAAACACCUUUGGACGCUGAAGUGUUUGUUAAGUCCAAGAUGUGGUAUCCCGAGUGA